AUGACUGAAAAUCCCUUUCGAAUCGUAUUACCAGAUAAUCCAAAUUUCGUUCGUCAUUGUUUAACGAUGAGUAUUUUAUAUACUGCCCCAAUUCGAAAUUGCGAACGUGACGAAUUUGUUCAAUUUUGUCGGGGAAAUGAUCUCUUACAAUAUGUAAUUCAAUUUGGUCGUCACUAUCGCUCAGAUGAGGCCAUUCAAUGGUAUACUCGGCCAUCUGGUUUUCCAUCAAAACUUGUAAAUACUAUAUGUCGAACACAACAUCCUCUAUUAAUAUCGAAAAUCCGAUAUUAUCUGAAGGAUCUUCAUGAGCAACUGACGCGACUUUAUCAUGAUAGUCUUUGUUGGAUACCACAGUUUAUCACUGUUUAUCGUGGUCAAAGAAUGUCAUCAAUAGAAUACCAAAAAUUAGUUCAAUAUAAUGAAAGACCUAUUUUAACAACUUCAUAUCUUUCAACAACAAGUGCUUAUAAUAUAGCUGUUGAAUUUUCUGGUUAUAAUAUUUGUUCAAAUGACUCAUCACAAGAUGAAAGAUCGGUUAUUUUUAAAAUUUUAAUACAAACAAAAAAUACUCGUCUGAAACCGUUCGCAUAUAUUCAAGAAUAUAGUCAUGUCAGAGAUGAAAAGGAAAUAUUAAUAUCGAUGGGAACCAUAUUUUCACUGGUAGAUAUAUGUCAACGAGGUGUAAGUAUGUGA